GCGAGCGACGCGGCGAUGCCGUCAGACCUUGGGAACAAAGGGGACGACGAGGACAAAGGAAGCUUCAUAGCGUGGCGAUGAUACCUUCGGGCGAGGUGGACAUGGCAUCUAUAGUUGCCGCCGUCAUCUCACAUCUGCUUUUUCCUGUGUACGCAUCCACCAUGAGCACGUAGAGACACGCGCCCGACACCGCCAUCAUCGAUACCAGCAUCAUGACGUCGAAGCAAGAAUAUUAUGCAGCCUCCAUCCCACCCUCUCCCAUCACCUCGACCGCACAGUUGCCUCUCAGGGAUGAUGUCAAGCCCAUGGCAGCAUCGGCAGCCUCCUCAAAGCCACGCUCGCCGUCUCUACGCCUCCUAUACUCCUCCCUGUCAGCUCGGCACACCCCACUCCUCGCCGUCGCCGUCAUCCUCUCCAUAACGUCGGGGGCGCUCCCUCCGCUGAUGUCCCGCAUCCUCGGCCAGCUCUUCGAUGCCUACACGGCAUACAAUCCCGAAGGUCUGCCCGCCUCUGAGAUCUCGGCGCAGAAGAAGGCUGAGCUGAUGAGGAAAAUCGUACAGGGAGUAUGGCACCUCGCUCUUGUCGGUCUGGCAGUAAUGAUCCUCAGUACGCUCAUGAUUUCGACGUGGAUCGUCAUCGGCGAAAAAGUGGCUAGUAGGCUACGUCGCAGAGUGUACGUCAGCGUCAGUCAGCGCAAGAUGGAAUGGUUCGACAUGGGGGCUGGAGCAGAGGAGACGGGCGAAAAUGAUCCUGACGGGGCAAAGAUAGACUCAGACGUAGCGACGUCGUCCUCUUUGGGAGCUGGCGGUCUCAUGGCCAAGUUUUCGCGCGAGACGGACGACGUCCGCCUAGCUACCUCACAGUAUUCGGGGCAGCUCCUUCAGUACCUCACCACCUGCCUGGCAUGCCUCAUCCUAGCCCUCGUCUCGGAAUGGAGCCUCGCUCUGGUCAUCCUGGCCAGCAUACCCGUAACCAUCUUAAUCACUGGUGCUGUAGAGAAGUAUACAAUACCCUUCUUGGCCGAAGAGCGAGCCAUCAGCGCCAAAGCUAGCAGCCUUGUCGAGCGUAUCGCUCUCUCUAUCGCCACGGUAAAGGCAUUCGCUGCGGAAGCGCGCGAACUGCAACGCUUCAGUAAGCUUCAGCACGCUGGGUCUGCGGCGUACAAGAAGGUGUCCUUUGCAUGGGGAGUGCGCCUGGGCCUCUCGAGCUUUCUCGUUUUCUCUAUGUUUGUUCAAGGCUUCUGGUACGGUAGCUACCUCGUACAGCGCGGCAAGACCACACCCGGCACUGUCUUCACCGUCUUCUCGGCCUGCCUCAUUGCAAGCCAGCACCUUCAGCUCAUCAUUCAGACGCUACAGAUCGUCGAAAAGGGCAAGAUCAGCGCCCUUGGCUUGGAGAGGCUGAUGCACAAUGACGAGGAUGCAGCGACAAAGCCUCAAGGCAACACGAGCGUACGAAGGCAGCUCUCAAGCUCACGGACCCGCAAUGCAGCCCGAGUUGUGUUGCGACUGGAGGACAUACCCGCCAGCCCGCUCAAGAGCCCGCUCAGCGGCCAGUCAUCUCGAUACGGCUACUCAGACUCUCUGCACACGCUCACUUCUCCCAGCCGUAGCCGCUUUUAUCAACAGGCUAUAGGGACGGGCACUAUUCGCAAGAUCAGGCCCGACUCCCGCUGCCUUGGCGAGAUCACACUGACCAAUGUAAGCUUCACCUACCCAUCUGUCAAGAAGAGUCUCGUCACUGGAGGCGAGCAGCAGCUCACCCUCGAUGGCAUCAACAUGUUCAUUCCGGCGGGCGAGAUUACUUUCAUCGUCGGCGGCAGUGGAAGCGGAAAGUCGACAAUCGCGCAGCUCCUUCUGCGCUUGUAUCGCCCUGAUGUGGGGACGAUUGAGAUAGACGAUCGUGAUGUCCGCUUCCUGGACCCAGAGUGGUUCAGGGCACAGAUCGCCUCCGUCGACCAACAUCCCAUCGUCUUUGACCUUUCAGUACACGAUAAUGUUGCGUUGGGCAUCAUUGGGAGAGCAUCAGAACUCAAGGCAGGCUCCGUCACGUACACAAAGGAUCACGUUCCCGUCGUUCCCCGCUCGGAGGUCGAGGCGGCAUGUCGUACGGCCUUGCUCCACGAUUUUGUCAAGGGCCUACCCGACGGCUAUGACACCGUCUUGGGCACGCGCGGCUCCUCCUUGUCAGGAGGACAGAAGCAACGCCUCGCCAUCGCGCGAGCACGUUUGCGUGACCCGCCCAUCCUGAUCCUCGAUGAAGCAACCAGCGCCCUGGACCCCACCUCGCGACUGCUCAUCAACGAAGCGGUCAAAAUUUGGCGGAGGGGCAGGACCACGAUCAUCAUCACGCAUGACCUCAGCCAGGUCGAGGGAGAGGACUUUCUGUAUAUGAUGAAAGAGGGUAGGAUCGUCGAGAAUGGAUAUCGCGAUGAUUUGGAGCGUAUGGGGUCAGGCUUCUUUGCUAGCUUGGCGGAGCAGCAGAGGGGUCAGGCAGAGGAGAAGCGCGAGCAAAGGCAUGCUGGCUCCGGCUCGCCACCAGUCAUCUCAACACCGAAGCUUGCGCGCAUGCCCCCGCACAAUGGAGAGGAUGUUGAGGAGCUUAUUGAGGCGCUGCCUCAGAGCGCUCCAAGCUAUCGAUCACAAAUCCGCACAGCAGAGGGAUACCCUGCGUCGCCGGCCCGGCGCUCGACUUUCCGCUACAACACAGCAGCAGUGUCCAGCGACCGUAAGCUCUCCCGACACGGUCGCCAACUCUCCUCCGAUUCGCUCCACUCAACAGGCUCUGCCUACUCGUCGUCUUCCUUGGACUCCGCCGCAGGACCCUCAAAACCCAAGCUCAUGAGAACGAGCAGCGACGACCCAGGGUCUGACCGAUCUGGAGCCAAGGGACUACGCACGCUUCGCCUUGCUGAACAGCAGCACGCCUGGGUAGCUACACGAGAUGCGCCCUGGCUGGAGGACGCGGGGAAGAUGGCCGCCUCACUGCGCCACCAGCCCUCCACGGAAUUGAGCCUCCGCACGCGCAAGGUCUGGAGCGAGGAUGACCUCAACAAAAGCGUUGCAGCAAUCAGAGACGUCAGAGUUGACAUGCACCUCUGCGCAACGGCCUCUGCAGCCGCCAAUGCUCUGGACGGAGCUGAAGUUUUGCUGUCUCCGCCAGCCCCACUCAUCGCCACCCUACGCUUCGCGCUGCGUACCAUACCUCUCAAAUCGCUCUUCGCCCUAGGCUUGAUCUGUUCAGUCCUGUCAGGUGGCAUCACGCCCAUCUUUUCCUUCUUCCUCGGCAAGCUUCUCGCCACCAUGGGCCUGCAGAAUCAAGCGCACAAUGUCCUCCUCUACGCUAUCUGCGUGCUGGGCCUCGCUGUGCUGGAGGGAAUCUUCUCUUUCGGUAACUUCUGGCUGAUGGAGUUUGUGGGAGAGAGCUGGAUCGAGAAGCUGCGCUGCAUUGCCGUUCGCAAGGUGUUGCGCCAGGACAAAGGGUGGUACGAUACGGCUGAGGAUGCUAAGCCGGGCACGCUGGUGGCGCGCAUUGUCCAGGACGCAGAGGAUGCGCGCAAUCUCAUUGCUCGACAGAUGGGGGCUCUCCUCAUCGUGGUGGUCAUGGUCCUUGCCGGCCUAGCGUGGGCCUUGCUGGUAGGCUGGCAGCUCACCCUAGUCGGCAUGGCCAUAGGACCCAUCUUCGUCGCUGCCAUGACGCUACAGUCGCGCAUCGUCUCGCGCUUCGAGACGCGCAAUAAAGCCAGAAGAGAGGGCGUGGCCAAGAGCUUCUACGAGGUGGUUGCUAACAUCAGAGGGGUGAGGAGCAUGGCGCUUGAGCCCGUCUUUGCUGCACAGUUCAACGAUGCCCUCAUUGCGACGGAGAGGGAUGCGCUGCGGGCUGCGCCCUUUAGUGGGUUCGGAUUCGGGAUGGGCGAGGGGUUGACGUACCUUGCCGAGGCGCUCCUCUUCUACGUGGGGGCCGUCUUCAUCACCAAGGGGAUCUACGACUUUGAGCGCAUGGUCGUGGUAUUCAACCUCUUCAUCUUCGCCAUCACCUUUGCGGCCAACACGAUGGCGUACCUGCCUGGCUUGAGCAAGGCGAUACAAGCUACGGCUGACUUGAGGAGGCUAGUGGAGUUGAGUGAUGACAGCGGGAGCGAGCAGGCUAAGGAGCAGCAGGACACCGCUUCGACGCCGCCCGAGGGACAUGUCGUCUUUAAGGACGUCUCCUUCAGCUAUCCUUCGAGGCCCGACGCGCCCGUCUUGACCAGGGCCAAUUUCACCGUGCAGCGAGGCGAGAAGGUAGCUAUCGUUGGUCCCUCGGGAUGCGGCAAGAGCACGAUUGCUGCGCUGCUCCAGCGCCUGUACGAGCCGGAGGUGCCUCAGGACUCGAUGGGCAAGGAUGGUAGCGACGCCGGCAUCUACCUUGGCGGUCGCCGAGUUAAUACUCUACUCGCCCCUGACCUACGUCGCCAUCUCGCCAUCAUCUCGCAGCACCCCGACCUCUUCGACAUGACGGUAGAAGACAACGUGGGCUACGGCCUCCCCGACGGCGAAUGGGAGCAAGGGAACGAUCCAAUCGCCACAGCCGCAGCGAUUCGCGCUGCUUGCUCACUUGCUCAGAGUAGCGGCUUCAUUGCGGCACUGCCAAAGGGGUACGGUACGCAGGUGGGGGACUCGGCUUCGCUCAUCUCGGGCGGACAGAAGCAGCGAUUGGCGAUUGCGAGGGCAUUGCUGAGGCUGCUUCCGCAGCGAGACGGUCAUAACCGCUGCGCAAGCGUGCUCGUCCUGGACGAAGCCACCAGUGCUCUGGACGACGUGACUCGCGCCGCCGUCCUCGACGCUAUACUACCCACCAGCAAGGCCAGCAAGACCAGCCGAGAUGCAGCCACGGCUAGCCUGCUGGAAGACACGACCGUCUUGGCAGUGACGCACAAGCUCGACGAGAUGAAGCGAUGCGAUCGCAUCGUGGUACUAGAAGCGGGCAAGGUGGUGCAGCAGGGCAGCUUUGAGGAGCUGAUGCAAGUCAAAGGUGGUGCUUUCAGGACGUUGGCAAGCGCGGGCGAGUGGGGGGCAUGAAAGGACUAUACCCGGGUCUGCAGUCUAUGCUGCUGCUGCUGCUUCUCCUUCUUCUGUUACCAU